AUAAAGAGUGAGGGCCCACCAAAAUCCUCCUCUUUUUUUCUGACUGUAAGCUGUUCUUCUUCUUCUGCCACAAUAUUACACUAGUAGCAGUACUGAAGUCGUAGCUCCAAAAAUGGAAUCUUCCAACGGUUCAACGACGUCGCAGCCGGCGCCGGCGGUGGUGAAGCUGAAACCCAUUGAAGCCACUCCAGAAACCUUCCAAGAAUUCGGCCAAGUGAUUGAGGCCAGCCCUGAUGGUGAAGAGUUUGGCCCUGCUGACGCUCAACUUGACCUCUCCCGUGGGAUUCCAAGGUUUUAUAUUAUGCAUCUUGAAGGUAGGGCUCUCAAGUUUUCCAACAUAACCCAUCAUGCUAAUGUCACCCAGUGUUUGGGUUCAAUUGGUGGCAAUGUCUGGUAUCUUGGAGUUGCUAAACCAUCGAUUGUCGAUCCAAGUGAAAUUAAGGGCACAACAGGGGCGGACGUUAUACAAUCACAUUGCGGCCAUUACCAUGUUCCUCCCUCUGUUGAUGAUGUGCGUGCUUUCAGAAUUUCAGGUCCUAAGUUUCUGAAGUUGAAUCGUGGUACGUGGCACGCAGGGCCUCUGUUUAAGCAAGAUGCAAUGGACUUUUACAACCUAGAACUCAGCAACACCAAUGUGGUUGACCACACAACACAUAACUUUGUUAAGAAGAAUAACGUGGUCUUUAUGUUGGAUGACUAGCAAACUUCCUCCAACCGGGUGUCAUCAAACUGUAACAUAAUAUGCUGUUUUACACUUUCCUUCUUUUUCGUUUUGCCUGUUGUACAUCUUCUACCCAAGUGAGAGGCGCUUUGUUACUGAACAUUUGUUUUUCCGAAAGUAAUAAGCAAAAGCUGCUCACAUAAGCUUAUAUUUGAUGCU